GUUGCAGAAGGUUGGGAUGAGUUCCAGGAAUUGGUCCUUGGGUUCGAGUCAUGUGGACUCCCAUUUUUGGUAGCUUUAAAGCCACCCAAAGGAUGCUCGACUGUUGAAGAAGCACUGCCUGAGGGGUUCCAAGAUAGGGUUAAAGGGAGAGGGUUGGUUUACGGUGAUUGGGUUCCACAAGAGCUGCCAUUGAACCACCCAAACAUUGGGUGUUUCGAGAACCACCGUAGUUAUGGAUCAAUGUGGGAAUUUCUGCUUAGUGACUGUCAGAUCGUGCAGAUUCCUGAAAAUUUUGAUCAAAUUCUGAAUACAAGGUUAUUGGUGAAUGAACUCAAGAUUGGCGUUGAAGUGGACAGAGGUAAAAACAGGCAGAUCUCAAAGGAGUCGUUGAGUGAAGCCAUCAAGAUGGUGAUGGACAAGAACAAUGAAACAGCUGAGAUGUUGAGGGCAAACCAUGCCAAGCUGAAGCAAACACUUUGUAGCAGAGAUCUUCAAGAAGAAUAUAUCAACAAUUUCGUUCAAGCUCUGCGAGAUCUUGUCAAAAAAUAG